AUGGAAAAGACAUCAGGCAAUUCAUCCAGCGAUGUGGAAGCCAAUAGCGAGGAACUCAUUAAUAAUGAUCAAAAUGUGAAUCCAAGAGAUGGCAUAAAGAAUUGGCAAUGGAUCCUCACAUGCGUUGUCCUAUACUUGGGAGCUCUUCUUUAUGGCUUGGAUACCACGAUCGCCGCCGACGUCCAAGCGCCAGUAUACGAGGCGUUGGGACAUAUCGAGAAACUGCCGUGGGUUGGGCUUGGAUUUCCAAUGGCAUCAGUCGCGACAAUCCUCCCCUUUGGUCGGGCAUACGCGCUGUUCAACAUAAAGGUAUUGCUUAUUUCAAGCAUCGUCAUCUUUGAAGUUGGUAGUGCCAUUUGUGGUGCUGCGCCGACUUCUGACGCCUUGAUUAUUGGUCGAGCCAUUGCGGGCAUUGGCGGAGCUGGAAUGUAUCUGGGGGCACUUACUUAUUCAGCUACCUUCACGACAAAAACGGAAGCCCCUAUAUAUAAUGCUUUGACCGGCUUAAGCUGGGGCGUGGGCUCAAUUCUUGGACCGGUUAUUGGUGGUGCAUUCUCUGUCAGCAGUGCAACAUGGCGUUGGGCUUUUUACAUCAAUCUCCCGGCUGCUGGUAUUCUAUUACCUGUUUAUCUCUUUGUAGUCCCAUCCAGGAACCCUCGGCCGGAUCUGACUAUUAAACAAAAGUUCGCUGACAUCGACUGGAUUGGCGCCAUUAUUUACGGAGCAAUUUUUAUACUGUUUGUGAUUGUCGUUACCUUUGGCGGUUCAACCUUUGCUUGGAACUCUACCACAUCCAUCGUGCUUUGGGUAGUUUUUGGACUCUGCUUCAUUGCCUUUGUCCUACAACAAGUUCUCAAAAUCUUUACGACAGACGAACACAGGAUCUUCCCCAUACACUUUCUCAAAUCACGCAGCCUCGUCUUGCUCUAUAUUGCUACGGGCAGUGCUGGUGCCGCACAAGGCGUUGUGCUCUACUACACACCACUAUUCUUCCAAUUCACAAAGGGGGAUAGCUCUUUGCAGGCUGCUGUCCGCCUUUUACCGUUCAUCUGCGUCUUCAUAGCCUCCGUCAUGUGCGCUGGUGCCACGCUCCCUAUCGUCGGCCGAUACAACCUUUACUACUUUGCCGGCGGCUGUUUCAUCUUAAUCGGAGGCGCCUUGCUUUGUACGAUCGAUGAAACUACAUCCACUAGCAAGAUCUAUGGGUACGAAGCUCUCACAGGAAUCGGAAUCGGUCUACUUUUCCAAAUAGGCUAUGCAGUCGGUGUUGCCAAAGCACCUCCCAAAGAUGAGCCGAAAGCGAUCGGCUUUAUCAACGUUGCCCAACUUGGCACUCUUGCUAUUUGCCUUGCAAUUGCAGGAUCGCUAUUUCAAAAUGUUGGCUUUAACGAACUCAAGAGCGCUUUCGCCGGCCGAAGUCUCCCGGAUGAUUAUAUCCGGUCGGCUUUGGCGGGCACCCUGUCUCCUGUCUUCUCCUCCGGUGAUGAAGAGAUUAUUCAUGUCGCUGUUGUUGCUGUAGCAGAAACGAUUCGAAAAAUCUACAUCACUGUUGCGACGGCUGGAGCACUAGUGGUGGUAAGCUCACUGCUAAUGCGAUUCGAGAAACUAGACUUGAGCAUUGUCGCUGGUGGUUAA